AGAUGCACAGAAUGAAAGGGGGAAGCACAAAGAAACUGGCUCUUUAACUCGAGAUUGGCUUUUCACUGAUCUCAGAGUGACCACAGUAAAAAAUAAAUAUAAUAAUAAUAAUAAUGAGAUUGUAAAGCACGCAUGGGAUGGCAGCGUUUUGAUUGUUAGUGUUUUAUUUUAAGCGGCGUACUUUUUUUUUUCACAUGGAUGUGGAAGUUUCUUACCAGCUGGAGCUAGUUAGCUAGCAACCCGAGUUAACGCGACGAGUUUGCCUCACUGCUUUGUGGCUUCCUGAGUAACUUAUUAACUUUUUCAAUUUUUUAACUGGCAUUCCUGUAGUGAUGCAUAUACGACUGGGCUUGACAGAACUUUCCAAAAAGCAUUGUGGAUGUCAUGGUCACAACGAUGGAGCAGAAUAGAAAGGCACUCUGAUCUGUGGCCAAUGCCAUCUGAAGGACUCUUCUUCAUUGUAGGCCUGAGGGUAUGUUGACACAUCUCGGCAGGCCACAGCAGAGGCGUGUUGGAGGCUCGGACGGGGACUGAAGGUGAGGAGGAAAGAAACAUCGAGGGACCAGGGAGGAAGACAUGGGCCAGUGCAUUACCAAGUGCAAGAAUCCAACAUCCUCACUCGGCAGUAAGAGCAGCGACAAGGAUAGCGGCUCCAAGUCCCAUCAUAAAAAGGGUGGCACCACAGGCGGUGGUGGUGGGGGGCACAAGGAUGAGCCCAGCGCCCUGGGUGGCAAAGUUACCAAUGAGCUCUCGAAUGGCACCAAGGCCUUUGAGGUUUCCAUGGAGACCCCUGUCAUUCCUUCAUUGAUGGGGGAACCACGUAAAGAAGAGUGUGUGGAUGGCGACGGGCUGUCGAUGGUGCGCCUUGAGGAGUUAUUCUGCUGCUACAAGGAUGAACAGGAAGAUGCCAUCUUAGAAGAAGGCAUGGAGAGGUUUUGUAAUGACCUGUGUGUGGAUCCUGCAGAAUUUCGUGUACUUGUUCUUGCCUGGAAGUUUCAAGCAGUUACCAUGUGCAGAUUUACAAGGAAAGAGUUUAUUGAGGGCUGCCGAGCUAUCCGGGCAGACAGCCUUGAGGGUAUCUGCUCACGCUUCCCUUCCAUGCUGCUGGAGGCCCAGGGAGAGGAGAGCUUCAAGGACUUGUACCGCUUCACCUUCCAGUUUGGCCUAGACGCCGAUGAGGGCCAGCGCUCACUGCAGCGUGAAAUCGCCAUCGCCCUGUGGCGCCUGGUUUUCACCCAGGACACGCCUGCAAUUCUAGAACGAUGGCUGGACUUCCUGGCUGAGAAUCCCUCAGGUAUUCGGGGCAUCUCACGAGACACAUGGAACAUGUUCCUAAAUUUCACCCAAGCUAUCGGGCCUGAUCUGAGCAACUACAGCGAGGAUGAGGCCUGGCCCAGCCUCUUUGACACCUUUGUGGAGUGGGAGCUGGAGCACAGAAAGAAAGAGGAGCAGGCACUGAUGCCAGAGGAGGAAGACGGGAGGUGUACUGAGACGGAGUGUUCUCCCACCACAGACAGACAUGAAACUGAGAGCAGCCGUUGCUUGCAGACCUUGGGGGGCCACUGACGAGGAGAGCAGAAAUGUAAGGGGGGGAAGAUUAUGACCUAUAAGUGAACUGUAUAUCUGUGAAUCAUUGGAUGAAUAUUAGUAUUACCAUUACAGCUGUUCACUUCUCUCUCCUUUUUUGUUGGGGUGGGAUUCCUGCUUUGCAACCUUAAUUUUUGGUUUUUGAAAGGGCUCUAAGAACUAUUGUUUUUAAGCACUUCUAUUUAAGUUAUUUUACUUUUUCCUUCCAUGUGUGUAUUUAGUAAUUGGACAUGAGGUCCAUUUUAAUUUACACCUACCUACCGUAACCCUGCAUAGUUGGCUCAGUAAAUAAGAUCAGGCAACGGAAAGCCAUAACCAUUUAUCCUGGGUGUCAUUUUGACCUGGUGGUAACAAUGUUUUAUGAGGAAGUGGUAAACAAGAAAGAAAUUGGGACACCCUGUCAGCGGGAAACUACAAGUAAUUAUUAAGACUUCAGAUUUACCCUGAUGGUCACAUUCAUGACUUCACCUUGAUCAAACCCAUUUAGAAUUUAUGCUUUUGAAAUGCUACAAGGAUGAAUUGGUUGCACACUGUAUGGCCUGUACAACUAUCUGCUAAAAAAUAAGGCUUUGAGCUGAAGUAAUUAAUCGACAACUACUUUGAUUCGUCAUUUUGAGUCAUUAAAUCCAAAUUCUCUGAUUUCAGCUUCAUGGUUACUUUGAUUAGUUUCUUUACCUUUAUCUGGCAGUAAGCUGAGUAUCUCUGGGCUGUGUACAAAAUGAGACAUUUGAAGGUAUUGUCUUGGGCUUUGGAAAACAUUUAUUGACAUUUUAUGGACCUGGCAACUAAUUGAUUAAGGGAAAUUAAGAGAUCAGUUCAUCGAUUAUGAAAAGAAUUGUUGGUUGCAAAAAGUAAAGUAAUCAGAUUGGCCCAAAAGGACAAUUUCUUAAACACAUGACAUUUGCAUAUUGUUUGUCCCCUGCAGUUAGCAGAGUCGGUCAGCUGCUGAGUGAGUCAGUGGGGUUGUACAAAUUUACGAAACUAACUUUAAAAACUGCACAUUCUGCUUUGAAAUUUUGGUUUCUGACAGAUACGGGUGAGGACUUGUCAGCUUCCUAUUUGGAGACUUGUUGGCAUUUUUUAACAUGCACAAUGACCACAUCAUAAAAUGAAGACAGGCAAGCCUGUCAGCUUGCUUCUAAUUAUAUUGAUAAGCGAUAUAUUAGCUUAUUGCUAAUCACAUGAAGGCCUCUUUGUUGUUUAUAAGGGGUGAACAAUUUCAAGCCAAAAAAAAAAAGAUCCCUCAAAUAAUCCGGUUUCUUUUGCCUAAAAAUUUGAGUCACCGCUGUGUAACCUUGUACACUCAAUGUUUUGACCAUCUAGAUGGAGUUGAAACUGAUCAAUAUUCAUACAGAAUCUUUUCAAACUGCCCAUGCAGCAGCGUCCUCUGAUUUGCUGUCAAUAUGCAUGUUAAAUGAACCAUAUUAUUGCCAAAAUCUUGUUAAAUAUACCACCUUCACAACUGUGGAAACUGUGUUUGUAACUAUAGUUUAGCAUGUUUUGACAAAACAUGACGUGUGCAACUUGCAUCUCUGGACUUUGUGGACAGUAGGGACGUGAAUUAAUGCUUUGCUUUGAAAACAACUGUAGCCGGUCUGAUUUCACUCCAACAACAGCUCACAUUUUCUCUUCAGAGCACAUAAGCGUAAAUGCAAUUACAUUUUUAUACACCUCUUUCAGCACAGGUCCACCCAGCUAGUAAGGACGAUGAUGGCUGUUAGUGGAAUGAGUUGUUCACUAAACCAAAGGGUCGGUGGGUUUGAUAUCAGGGAAUCAUGAAGAAAUCUUAACCACAUAAUUGAAAAUACCUAAUAGUUGAAGUUUACGUUUAAGAUUGAUUUUAAACGGGACAGGCCCCACUUUCUCUUUUAUGAUAGUUUUCAGCGCUAUGAAUACUGGGCCUUCGCUCCUCUUUGACCUGGAGCAUCAACGGUUUUGAUGUCCACCUAAAUUCAAGGAAGCAGAGAGGUGUACACAAAAUGGUCAUUCUGGCUUGUAUGAAAUGCCUCAUUGAUCUUGUUUUCUGAAGUCUCUUCAAACCAAAUGGGCUGAUGAACCUGGGCUGCAUUCAAGACCGCUAGCACUGGGUGUAACUCAGACCUCGUAUGUUGUUUACCUUCAGCAGUUUGAAAAUCUUCACACCCUUCAGCUGCUACGUAUUAAACAUAUAUUGACUGCUGCUGGUGAUGGUUGUAACAGAUUGCGCAAAACAAAUGUCAUGCUAAGUCGCUAUACUUGCAGUGCUUUGCAGAGAUUGAUGUCAGCCACAUUGUUUCUAUUUUAAUCCUUUCCAAACUAGGUUUUUUUUUUAUUCAAAGUAUAGUUUGGGGUAUUUUGGAAUGCCUGAAUGAGUGUUAAACUAGAAAUGCUGGCUAAUAAAGUGUCUGUGACAAAGGUCUAGUGUGGUAAGAGGAAGCCCAUAACCUGAUCUGUUUGGUUUACAUCUAUAAUGGAUUUAUUUUAGACUCCCUUUGUCCUUUUUAUAUAAAAAAUGUAUUGAUUUAUAAUAAAUAAAAACAGUGUUG